AUGAAUUUCGCUCCAUAUCAAGAUCAAUCACCAGAGCUUGAGCGCGCUCUCUCACCCCCGCCAGCAGAUGGCCACCGUGUGAUCAGCCCAAACCUCCGCUCACCACGAGCCUCGGCUGAUCUCCCCCCUCCCAGUCACUUUACUGGAGGGCAUGGCAACACGGGCUUUGGGCGAGAUGUCGAAGGUGGACAUGUCAGCCUUGGUGCUUUUGAGACCAGUCUCCCGAUCAGUAUGAAUGUCGAGGCAAUGCUGGCAUACUUGCUUCUGCCUCCCGCCGGGGGUGUCUUCUUACUACUAGCUGAACAUAAGAGCGAUUACGUGCGGUUCAUUUCAUGCUUGGCAAUCGAGUAUGCUGUUUGCUGCUUUGUUUGUGAGUAUCUGUCUAUAUGUCCUUGUCGUUCCGGUGCUUAUAUGGAACACAGAUUGUUCACCUGCUUGUGUGCUGGUCAAGUUUUCUUUCCUGGACAUUGUUCCUCGUCGAUCUUCUUCUGA